AUGUCACUGAGCAUGCAGGGUUCUGGAAGAGAGUGCUGGGAAAGCUCUCAGCGAAUGGAUAUACGCGAUCCUUAUUCUCGCGAACAAGCAGCUCAAAGAUCCGUCGAACGAGACGCUGAACGCAUCUCCGAUAGGCACGGACGCUCUCAUGAAGAGGGAAUGACCAAUCCAGAGAUUCAGUCGGUGUUGAACGACGCCGAAUUUGGUCGCGUGGAUCCCACGGGCUGGUUCCCACACUAUAAGAAUUGUGUUCAGCACUUCGUCGACUAUAGCCAGCACACACCCCAAGUGCAGUCCAUUGCCGCGUUCAUCAACAUUCGACUACCCUGUCAGCGACCUGAGUCUAGCGCACCGGUGUCUGAAUCCACGCCAUCGUCAUUUGUUUCGCUGCGACCAUAUAUUAGGCGAUUGAUUGUCACUGCGCAAGACUCGCCGGCUGUUAUGCAAGGCUUCUUCGGUGGUGACUGGGAGGCUGGCGUGGGCUGUAUCUACAAACAGGAACGGGUGAACUAUAUGUUCACGGCUAAGAGCAGUGGGUGGGCAUCUACCAAGGCCGCCUACGACAUUUCUCCAGAUGAGGAGACUCCGUUCUUGAGGCCCCUGCGUGACCCCUCGGAAGAUGAGAUUCGGGUGGCCGAGGCGCGGUGGAGUGAAUGGCUGGCAAUGGAGGAUUGGAUGGUCGGAGCGCGCAGUCCCUGGUAG